AACAAAAACAAAACCCGGGAACGAUUACUGCUGAAAAAUUCUUUUAAAAAUGGAAACAAUUGUCUCUGAAACGUCCCGACAUCAAAACAAGAAGCUCAAAAGUGCUCGUCAAGUCUAUGGGCAAGUUGUGAUAGGACCUCCAGGUUCCGGCAAAUCAACUUACUGCAAACGAAUGUACGACUUCCUUAAACAACUAAAUCGCAAAGUAGCGAUUGUCAAUCUCGAUCCAGCGAAUGAAAAUAUGCCCUACGAAGCCACAAUCGACGUCAUGAAGCUCAUCACAGUCGAAGAAGUCAUGGAAAGUAUGAAUCUCGGUCCAAACGGAGCUCUCAUGUACUGCAUCGAAUUCCUCGAAACGAAUUACGAGUGGCUUGAACAACAAUUAACAACGUCAGAAUAUAAUUAUUUCUUGUUCGAUUGUCCCGGACAAGUUGAGCUUUACACACAUCACGCCUCAGCACGAAACAUUUUCAACAAACUCGAAGGACAGGGAUUUCAUUUGUGUGCGGUGCACUUGGUUGAUUCGCAUUUUUGUAGUGAACCGCAUAAAUAUAUCUCGGCACUUUUGUUGUCGCUGAGCACAAUGCUGCAAAUUGGACUGCCGCACGUGAAUAUUUUAAGUAAAGCGGAUCAGUUAAAGGAAUUUGGAUCGAAACUUUUGUUCAAUUUGGAUUUUUAUACGGAUGUGUUGGACUUGAAAUAUCUCCUUGAGGCCUUGGAUGACACGGAAAGGAUGCAAAAGUAUCGGAAAUUGAAUCAUGCGAUCGUUUCCAUGAUUGAGGAUUAUGCGUUGGUGACGUUUGCUUUGCUGGAUUCGAACAGGAACGACAGUCUCGUGAAUGUUAAGAAUUUGAUUGAUAAAGCGAACGGAUAUGCGUUCUCAGCGUCGGAAGAAACAACAAUUAAUACGUUGUUGGCAACGGCAAUGGGAGCCAAAAGUGAAACGGAACGAUUUGGGGAGAGCGUUGAUCCGUAUCUGUGA